UUAAUUUCCCAGCAUUAAGGGAGGGAUCCUCGAGUGCUGUCGCACAACUACGGCAGGUUUUGGAUGUACUUUUCGAGUAGUGCCGCUCAAGUCAACAGACAGCGAGACUACAAGACGUGGAAACAAACAAGAGAGACUUAAAAGCGAACAUUAUUUUAGGCAUGACGAGCGCGAACGGUCCGGCUCCAUCAUGGGAAUAAAGAUGAGGAUUCCUCCAGUGUGGGCGCUGGGCGAUUGCCAGACCGGGUGAAGUGUAGAACUGCCAGGGACCUCCGCUGAGCACAAACCGACCACCACCUGGGGCUGCUGAGCAGGACUGCUGUGCAGGUUCACGCGGCCGUCGGCAGGGUGGAGUUCACUGACCCAUGGAGAAUUACUUCCAGGCCGAGGCCUUCAACCUGGACAAGGUGCUGGAUGAGUUUGAGCAGAACGAAGCAGAUGAGACAGACACGUCGAUUCUCUCAGAUGCCAAGUGGACUCAGAUCCUAGCCCCGCCGCCCCACAUGCUCUCUCUGAACCCCGCUCUGACCCACGCAGACCUCAGCCCCCGRGAGAGUCCGCUUCCCUUCAAGACCCUCCCGGACUCCUCGUCCGGCUCUGCUUUGGGAGACGACGCUAAAAGACAGCCGGGGCCCGAGCCUCCGUCCUGGGCGGAGGAGAGGCCGGCGGACGUCUACAGCCCGCCUCUCCCUCAGCCCAACAUCGGCAAGCUGGUGGGCACGGACGACCUCUCGCCGCCCUGCGGUGCCGUGGAGAACGGCUGCCCCGGCAGCCCACAGCUGGAUGGGCUCGGUAAAGACAGGAGUUCUACAGACACUCGGCCCGGUGCUUCUGAGCAGGAGGAUAAACCUGGAGAGAUGCCUGCCUCGGCCGGAGGGAGGGGCUCUCACUUCACCUUCGAGGUGGGGUUAGCACAGGAACAGGUUCCUGGGUGUGUCCAUCCGGACGUGUCUCCUGUGACGCAAAACGGAGAACAUGUUAAAGAGGAGAGCGGUUCAGAUGUUUUACAGGACUUUAGUCAAGAAAGACAAACUGUAAGUUCACAAGAAGAGCAGGAGGAAAGCAUAAACAGGAGUAAAGUUCAGCCUGAAUGUGACAUGGAGGAGAAUGGUGUGUCUCCUCCUCCAGGCAGGGAGGAGGAGGAAAGAAGAGAUUAUCAAAAUGGACAAAAAGAUCAGCUCAUCAGAAUAAACGUCCUUUCUAACGGUUUGGAGAUAGAAAACGGGAGCAGCUUCACGUUGAAGGAAACUGAGGAGAGGGACGAGGAGGACUUUUCUCCCUCCCCUGUUCCGUCCAAGGAGGACUCUGUGACCGAGGAGAAGGAGAUGGAGGAGAGCAAGCAAGAGACGAGUGAGGGCGGAGCGGCGUCAGGUAGCAUCCAACCAAAAAUGAACAACAGCCGGCUUCAGCCUGUGAGCGUCCCCUACGGCGGGGCGCGACCGAAACAGCCGGUCAGCCUCAAACUUCAGAUCCCACAGCCGCUGCCGAGCCAAGUCCAGAACCAGCUGGGCCAGUCCGCGGGCAGCAAGAACAAGAACCUGGAGAACCAGUGUCGAAGGGGCACGCCGACCGAGCCGUCGCCCGGCGGGACUGUUCAGAUCUCUGUCGACGUGAAUGGGGACGGCGGCGUCCACUCCUCACCUCUCGUGUCCUCGGAGAGUCCGGACAACGACCUCCAGGCCGGCCAGCAGGGGGCGCUCAGCGGGAAGGGCGCCGGCUCGCUGGGCGAGGUCGCUCCCGUGUGGGUGCCUGACUCCCAGGCGCCCGUCUGCAUGAAAUGUGACGUCAAGUUCACCUUCACCAAGAGGAGGCACCACUGCAGGGCCUGCGGCAAGGUGUUCUGUGCGACGUGUUGCAGUUUGAAGUGUAAGCUGGUGUACAUGGACAAGAAGGAGGCUCGUGUUUGUGUCACCUGUCAUUCCGCCCUGACGAGUGCUCAAUCGUGGGAAACACCAACUGCUGCGAGCAAUCAGAGUCCUAACCCCAACAACCCGGCAGAGUACUGCUCCACCAUCCCCCCUCUGCAGCAGGCUCAGGCCUCUGGGGUGCUCAGCUCGCCCCCGCCCACCGUCAUGGUUCCCGUGGGGGUCCUAAAGCAGGCCGGCAAUGAGGGCUCCAUCUCACGAGACCAGAGGAGGGUGUGGUUCGCCGACGGGGUCCUACCCAACAGGGAUGCAGCAGAGUCCUCCAAACCCUCCGCUUCCAGCUCGGCCCCCUCCCAGUCCCGAGCCGUCUCCACCUUUUCAAAUAAAUCCUCCACGUCUGAGUCUUCAGAGGCAGCCCACAGCCCCGCCGCCCCGGUGGGCAGCCCCGUGGGCAGCGCCGUCAGCCUGAUCCCGGAGAACGGGCUCCCUCCCAUCCUCAUCUCCACCGGCGUCAAAGGAGGUACGGGAGGCCACAUGACAGAUUACGCCGUGGAGGAGCGGCCGUCGGAGAUCGUCCUCAUGCAGCAACUGGAGGAGGGCGGCCCGGACCCCCUGGUCUUUGUGCUCAACGCUAACCUGCUGGCCAUGGUGAAACUGGUCAACUACGUCAACAGGAAGUGCUGGUACGUGACGACCAAAGGGAUGCACGCUGUGGGCCAGGCGGAGGUCGUCGUCCUGCUUCAGUGUCUGCCUGACGAGAAGACAGUCCCGAAGGACAUCUUCACCCACUUCGUGCAGCUCUACCAGGAGGCCCUCGGCGGCAACGUGCUGAGCCACCUGAGUCACUCCUUCUUCACGCAGAGCUUCCUGGGCAGCAAGGAGCACGGCGGCUUCCUCUACAUCAGCCCCUCCUUCCAGUCGCUGCAGGACCUGCUGCUGCCCAACCCCCCCUACCUCUUCGGCAUCCUCAUCCAGAAGUGGGAGACGCCCUGGGCCAAAGUCUUCCCCAUCCGCCUCAUGCUGCGGCUGGGAGCAGAGUACCGCUUUUAUCCGUGUCCGCUGUUCAGCGUUCGCUUCAGAAAACCUCUCUUCGGAGAAACCGGUCACACAAUCAUGAAUCUGCUUGCGGACUUCCGUAACUACCAGUACACUCUGCCGGUGGUGAAAGGUCUGGUUGUGGACAUGGAGGUGAGGAAGACGAGCAUCAAGAUCCCCAGCAAUCGCUACAACGAGCUGAUGAAGGCCAUGAACAAGUCCAACGAGCAYGUGCUGGCCAUGGGGGCGUGCUUCAACGACAAGGCCGACUCCCACUUGGUGUGCGUCCAGAACGACGACGGGAACUAUCAGACGCAGGCCAUCAGCAUCCACCACCAGCCACGGAGAGUCACUGGAGCCUGCUUCUUUGUCUUCAGUGGUGCUCUGAAAGCCUCGUCUGGCUUCUUGGCCAAGACCAGCAUUGUAGAAGACGGCGUGAUGGUCCAGAUCACAGCCGAGACGAUGGACUCUCUACGGCAGGCCCUGAGGGACAUGAAGGACUUCACCAUCACCUGCGGUAAAGCCGACCAGGAGGAGAACCAGGAGCUUGUUCAGGUUCUGUGGACAGAAGACGACCAGAACUUCAACAAAGGCGUCAUCAGUCCGAUUGAUGGGAAAUCCAUGGAGUCCAUCACCAGCGUGAAGAUCUUCCACGGCUCAGAGUUCAAAGCAAACGGCAAAGUCAUCCGCUGGACUGAGGUGUUUUUCCUCCAAAGUGAGGACCAGCCCAACGGGCUGAGCGACCCGGCCGACCACAGCCGGCAGGCGGAGAACAUGGCGCGAGCGUUCUGCGUGGCUCUGUGUCCUCACCUGAAGCUGCUGAAGGAGGACGGCAUGGCCAAGCUGGGCCUGAGGGUCACCCUGGACUCGGACCAGGUGGGUUACCUGGCAGGAAGUAAUGGCCAGCCCCUCCUGCCUCAGUACCUGAGUGACCUGGACAGCGCUCUGAUCCCGGUCAUCCACAGCGGGGCGUGCCAGCUGAGCGAGGGUCCGGUGGUCAUGGAGCUGGUCUUCUACAUCCUAGAGAUCAUCUCUUAGAAGGCCGAUCCGACCCGCAGACGAGUUUUCUUUUAACGUUCCGACGUCAUCCCACAGCCCGGGCCUCCUCUAACCAUCUGCACCUCAGAAGAACCAGAAAACUGUGCCGUUCCAGGCRGGGUAGCAUUCCUUCGCUCAAAGCUAUGCAUCCACUGGUCCGUACGGAUCCAGAGGUGUUCUGGUGUCCCAGCAGAGACCCCCCCGUCCCCUGCGCCUGUCCUGACCGCCACACUUCAAACCAACGAGGAGAAAAAUCUAAAACUACAGGUUGUGUCCGGUCCUGGUCCUCGAGCACCUCCAUCCUGCAGCGUUUGUUUGUUUCUCUGCUCAAGCUCACCUGAUUCAUCACCUGUUCUUAAAACCUGCUGUGCUGGAGCAGAGAAACCUUUUAAAGGGGACGUGUCGUCCAUUUUUAGUUGUUAAAUGCAUCUUAUUGUGGGAGUCUAGGAGUGCAGAAAAGCUGAAUUUAGUCUCUCCUGGUAGAGCAAAGAUAUAUUUAUUUUCUGUUUGGGUCAUAGUUUUCAACCCACUCUGAUCUCUAAACAGUAUUUGAUAAACCAGGUCAUGGACGUAAGUUAACCAGUUUCUUGAGUCCGUGGUCCUUCAGGUCCAUCGUCUUCAUUCUCCUCUCACUCUGCGUCCAACAUGAGGCUGGAUGGACAAGUCUUCCCUAGUUGACAUCUUCUAAUCAAUUUGUAAAUAAAGUUUCUGUGCCGAUAGAUGAUCGUAUCUCUAUCAAACUACUAAAGUAACCGAACAGGGUGGAGGGGGGCGGGGUUUAAAGUGCCUCAUUUGCAUUUAAAGAGACAGCACCAAAACGAGUUGCUUGUGGAGCUGCAAUAACCAGGAGUUCCGACCAAAGCUUUGCAGUUCUACUUUAUAUAGACCCCAACUGAAGGAUUUCAAAACACGUCUCCUUUAAAAGCUGAAGGAUAGUGGUCCUCGAGGACCAGGAUUGGUUAAAUUUAUUUUAAAUCUGUCUCAAAGAUGACAGCAUCUUGAUCGUGAACCAAAACUGGUGGUUUGAGGUCUUUUGCUGGCUAAAAUAAAAACUGUGUAGCAACCAACGAGAGGUGAAAGUACGCAGAAACAUUCCACCUUUUAUUGGUUUUUAAAAUACUUCAUUAGUCAUCCUAAAUCUAAAGUUUGGGACUUGAAGUGUGUUUGUUUUGGRCAGAGCCGCUCCUCUGACUCACUCAGUCACUGUGUCACCCUGAAGCAGAGAACUCCGGGUCAAACCUGCCUCUGUGUAGCACGGCUGCUGUUCACCGCCCAGRAGAAACCUGUAGAUCAUUGGAGGUGGAGGAAGGUGCCUGUGUGUGCUGAUUUGGUUUUUUUUGUUUGUGUUUGUUUGCACCUCGGUGCUCAGUGCCUGCAGCGAAGAAUCAUCAAGAAACACGAACCCGUUCAYUCCUGAAGCUUUACCCAUCAGUCACCAAAUGCUUGUUGUCCCGGCUGCAGACUUGUAGAUAUUUUUAUAAGCAGUGUGACUUCUCCUCAGACGUAUCAUGUAGCUUCCAGAGAUCUCAGUAUUUCAGAAAAGACUCAGACGUCUGUAAAAAUGAGACUAAAACCAGAUCUGAUGCUUUAUAAUGAACAUAAAGCAGGAGAGAAAUCAGAUUGAAUCUUUUUCCAGCAGCAUCAGCUUGUUUUGGUUUUUUCAGUCAUACAAAGAUGUAAAGAAAUAUAAAUAUAUAUAUAUAAAAGAUCUAUAAAGACUGUAAUUACAGAAGCAGUGCACUGGAUUUAAGCCAUUUUCAAGAGUUAAGUGGAGCGACGGGGCGCCGCCGUGUCCUGGAUGUAAAAAGUGCCGAGUCUGCAAAGAUCCGGGCUUCCUGCAGAAACCAGAUACCAACUGACCCGAAGCUGAAUGUAUCUCAUSUCCUGUUUAUUUUUUAUUCUCUGCAUCCUUCCCAAAGCCCCUGGAAAAAAAA